UCCAAGUCUCCCUCUUCUUCUUCUUCUUCUUCAUUCUCAAACUCAUCACCAUGCCUCCUCCAUUCAUCUUCCUCUUCUGGCUUUCAAUCUUCCUCAACUCACUUCGCUUCCUCUCUGCAAAUCCCCCUGCUUCUUCCACUUGCACUCAUGACGACGCUCCUCGUAUUUCCCAUCCUUUUCAUUUGAAUCUCCAACAACCUCGUCCCUCUUUGACUUCGUACGAUGUUCCCUCUGGUUUCGAGCUUCUCUGUACAGAUAACCUCACCACCAUUCACUUCCCUUCUUAUACCCAUUAUUUGGUCGUCAAAUCCAUUUCCUACCCCACCAAAAGAAUCAAUCUUCUUGACCCAAGAAACUGUGUUCAUGACGUGUUUCUCAACCUCGAUCUUUCUCACACCCCGUUUCACUACUUCUAUGUUCUGAAGAACUACACUUACCUGAAUUGUUCCAAGGUCCUUUCGCGUCCUUUCAUGGAGAUUCCUUGUAUGAGUGGACCAGACUUUCAUGUUUACACAGUUGAGCCUUCCUUGCCUGUGCCUGGUUCUUGUGUGACAGUUAAAACCAUUGCGAUACCGUUCGAAUAUUCCCCUUAUCUCUCCGACAAUAGCCUUGGUCUUGGAUUAACCUGGGACUCGCCUCUGCUUCAAGAAACCAGAACAGAGCAUACAGCUGUGAACAUCGGCAUUUUUGUAAUUGUGGCGAUAGCAAUACUGGUAAGCGUGAAGGUUUGGUGGUCAAGGUCAAGAAGGGAUUGUGGUGAGAAAGAAGAUCAAUUAUUACAGAGCUUGUGAGAAUUAUAAUACAUGGUGGCUAAAUUUUUGAACUUUAAUUUUUAGUACUUUUUUUUUUUUUUGGAUAUUUCAUGAACUUUGAGAUGUAGUACAACUCUAUGAUGUUGUAGAAGAGAGAGAAAGAUUAUCUUGUUCCUCCGUAAUUGUGAAACAAAAGUAAAGGUUUCAAGGUUCUUAA